AUGGCGGCGGGAAGGAGGCCGGUGCGACUCGGCCCAUCCGCGAGGCCGCGGCACCGUGGGGUUGAGGGAGAGCGAAAGGAGCCGCCCGGAGGGGAUUCGUCGCCCCGGGACCGGGCUGGCCGGAGCGGGCGGCUGCUCGGUGCGCGGGGCCGCGUUCGCCCGACCCGGCCCCGCACUCCGGUGCGGCUUGGGACCACCGGCUCCUGCGUUAGGCCCUGGGGGCCGGAGGGGCUCCGACCCCGCCAGAGGAAGAGGGGUCCCACCGCGUCGGGGUCUGCCCCGUACCGGCUUGUGUCACGGCUGCCUGCCGAGCUGACGGGCCUUUACAGGGAGGAAGGAACAAGUGCAGAACAGGACAAUCGCUUCAGCAACAAGCAGAAGAAGCUGUUGAAGCAGUUGAAAUUUGCAGAAUGCUUAGAAAAGAAGGUGGACAUGAGCAAAGUAAAUCUGGAAGUAAUCAAACCAUGGAUAACAAAACGAGUAACAGAAAUCCUUGGAUUUGAAGAUGAUGUAGUAAUUGAAUUUAUAUUCAACCAGUUGGAAGUGAAGAAUCCAGAUUCCAAAAUGAUGCAAAUCAACCUGACUGGUUUUUUGAAUGGGAAAAAUGCUAGGGAGUUCAUGGGAGAACUGUGGCCACUGCUAUUAAGUGCACAAGAAAACAUUGCUGGUAUUCCAACUGCAUUUCUGGAACUGAAGAAAGAAGAAAUAAAACAGCGACAGAUAGAGCAAGAGAAACUGGCUUCUAUGAAGAAACAAGAUGAAGACAAGGAGAAGAGAGAUAAGGAAGACAAAGACAACAGAGAAAAAAGAGACAGAUCCAGGAGUCCAAGAAGACGCAAAUCUAGGUCUCCUUCCCCUCGAAGGAGGUCGUCGCCUGUCAGAAGAGAGCGGAAACGCAGCCAUUCUCGCUCCCCUCAUCACAGAACCAAGAGCCGUAGUGCUACUCCUGCACCAGAAAAGAAAGAGGCAACUCCUGAGCCAGAACCCUCUGUGAAACCAAAGGAGACUGUUGUUCAAGAGGCAACUUCAAACAGUGAUAUCCCAAAAGCUCCUAAACCUGAACCUCCCGUACCGGAGACGAAGGAAACUUCACCAGAACGUAAUUCAAAGAAGGAGAGAGAGAAAGAAAAAGAGAAGACUCGUCAAAGAUCCCCAACUCGGUCCAAGUCAAGGUCAAGAUCUCGGUCACGCUCUCCAUCUCAUUCUCGACCAAGAAGGCGUCAUAGAUCACGGUCAAGGUCUUACUCCCCUAGAAGGAGACCAAGCCCAAGACGACGACCAUCUCCAAGGAGAAGGAGCCCUCCAAGGCGAAUGCCUCCCCCACCCAGACACAGAAGAAGCAGAUCCCCUGUGAGGCGGAGAAGACGGUCAUCAGCAUCCUUAUCUGGCAGUAGCUCUUCCUCCUCCUCCUCACGUUCCCGAUCGCCACCAAAGAAACCACCUAAAAGAACUGUAUCCAGUCCUCCUCGUAAAACGCGUAGGCUCUCUCCUUCUGCAAGCCCUCCUAGGCGGAGGCACAGGCCAUCCCCACCAGCAAGUCCACCUCCAAAACCACGCAGGUCUCCAACACCCCAGCAGUCGAAUCGUGCAAGAAAAAGCCGUGGCUCUGUUUCUCCUAGCAGAACAUCAGCACCCAAACAUAAGAGUACUGAAAAAAGAGAAUCUCCUUCGCCAGCACCAAAACCAAGGAAAGCAGAACUGUCUGAAUCGGAAGAAGAUAAAGGAGGUAAAAUGGCUGCAGCAGACUCUGUUCAACAGAGGCGUCAGUACAGAAGGCAAAAUCAACAGUCCUCAUCUGAUUCUGGUUCUUCAUCUUCAUCUGAAGAAGAAAGACCUAAGAGAUCCAACGUGAAGAAUGGGGAAGUUGGUAGACGCCGACGCCAUUCACAUUCGCGCAGUCCAUCACCGUCUCCACGAAAAAGACAGAAGGAAUCCUCCCCUCGGAUGCAGAUGGAAAAGAGGUGGCAAUCACCAGUGAUGAAAAGUAGGAGGAGGAGAAGUCCAUCGCCCCCACCAGCCAGGCGGCGACGGUCUCCUUCACCUGCCCCUCCUCCUAGGCGGCGGCGGUCACCUUCAUUACCUCGUCGAAGGUCUCCAUCACCACCCCCGCGCAGACGCUCACCUUCUCCGCGGAGAUACUCUCCACCGAUACAGAGACGAUAUUCUCCUUCUCCACCACCUAAGAGAAGAACGGCUUCUCCGCCUCCCCCGCCUAAACGAAGGGCAUCACCUUCUCCACAGUCGAAACGCAGAGUCUCCCAUUCACCACCACCAAAACAAAGGAGCUCGCCAACUGCUAAAAGGCGUUCACCUUCGAUAUCUUCCAAGCACAGGAAGGGAUCUCCUCCCAGUAGGUCCAAUCGGGAAACACGUUCUCCACCACAAAACAAAAGGCAUUCACCUUCGCCACGGCCUAGAGCUUCUCAUACCUCUGCAAGCCCACCACCACCACGAAGGGGAGCUUCGGCUUCACCCCAGAGAAGACAGUCUCCAUCUCCAAGCACUAGACCCAUCAGGAGGGUGUCAAGAACGCCAGAACCUAAGAAGACAAAGGCUUCCACACCAAGUCCACGAUCUGCGAGACGGGUGUCUUCAUCACGGUCUGCAUCAGGGUCACCUGAGCCAGCACCGAAAAAGCAUCAAGGACCUCCAUCUCCUACUCGGUCUCGUUCUCCUUCUGCAAACUGGUCACCUGCAAAAAAGGCUAAAAGCCCAACUCAGAGCCCAUCACCUGCAAGGAAUUCAGAUCAAGAAGGGGGUGGAAAGAAGAAGAAGAAAAAGAAGGAUAAGAAGCAUAAAAAGGAUAAAAAGCACAAGAAACACAAAAAACAUAAGAAGGAGAAGGCUGCGGCGGCUGCAGCAGCUGCUGCUGUGGCUGCAGCAGAUACCACAUCAGUACAGGAAGACCAGGAAGCAGAGACAGAACCCAAAAAGGAGACAGAAAGUGAACCAGAAGACAACCUUGAUGAUCUAGAAAAACACCUGCGAGAGAAGGCACUGAGGUCAAUGAGGAAGGCGCAAGUGUCACCACCAUCCUAGGCUGAAUCCUUUGAUAUAAUGUACAUUUUAUUUGGUUUGUACUCAGAAUUCAAUUUCAAAUUGCUAAAUGUGUUUGAGCUUUAGAAUAUAACAUUUGUUGUAAUAAUUGCUAGGUUGAGGUUCACCAUGUACAAAGGGCAUGGAUUUACAUUACAAAAGGUGUCCACAGUGUACUAGUGACAUUCUUUCAUUGACAGUCAACAUAAUUUCAUUUAGAGUGAGACUUUUUUAGAAGCAGUAGGAAUUUGUUUCGAAGGUUUUAAACAUGACCGUCAAUUCCCUAGUUUCUUUGAAAUUCAACAAAGCCUUUAGCAUAAUUUGUGAGGGUCUCAUUUGACUUCUUUUGUAUCCACUUACAUUACGCUACUAACCUUUGUGGUUUGUAAGCUUGCCCAGAAGAAAAACCACUGCAGAAUUACCAAGGAAGUACAUAUAUUUUAAUGCUUUCUACUGUUGCCUGUAUAGUCUCCAUUAAAGCGAAUCAAGAAUAGCAAUUUAGAAUGGUACAUAAAUGAAAGCAUGUUGUUUACCAGGACACUGUGGGUUUAUAUUGAUGUAACAUGUUGAUUUGGAACACUGGAAUUUCAUUUGUAUUUUUAUGUUCUUUUUUUAAAGGGCAGUUUCCAUGAUCAGCAGUCCCAGAAAAAAUUCCUUCAGUUACAUAAAUUUUGUUUGUGAGAUGUCGUUGCCCCAUUCAUAAAUCUUGUCUUGUUACGGUUCUUCUGAAUGGUAUAAGCAACUUUCAGAGAUGUGGUCUUUGAAAGUGUGAGGAACCUGAACUUUGGAUAUUGUCAUGUUUUCACUGUUUUUUGUUUUUGUUUUUUUAACUAAAGCUAUAUAAAGCUUGUGGAUUAAACAAAAAUAAAUUUCUAAAUUUAAACAGA